UAGAGCCUCAACUCAAGAACCUGGAUGUCUGUUGCUUUAAAAACAAAUACAGCAAAAAAACGCAAAACCGCAUGUUUGAAGUUUUACGUGAGGUAGUCGAUUUUUACGUGAACACUAAACAUUUAAAGCAAUUAUCGUUCCAUAUCAAUUUGUGUUCUGACAUUUCUUUUAAGUAUGGAAGAUGAACUUACACAUGGAUCUGUAUUCCAGAGCAUAUGUGCUACUUGCGGUGCACCAUCAAAAUAUCGCUGCCCUAAAUGCUCAGUUCUUUCAUGUUCUUUACAGUGUGUAAAGGCACAUAAACAAGAAAAAGAUUGUGAUGGUGUACGAGAAAAAACAGCUUUUGUGCCUGCAGAAGAAUUUAAGGAUCGACAUCUUCUUAGUGACUACCACUUUCUUGAGGAAAUUGGUCGUACUGUAGAUAAUGCAAAUAGAGCAAAAAGGUCACAUGGAUGUUUUCAUUAUUUACCUCCUAACCUUUAUAGAUUGAAAAUGGCUGCCAAAGCAAGAAAAACAGAUCUUCAGAUUCUUCCUAUGGUAUUUUCUAAAAGGAAAAUUAGUACUACAUUUAUAAGAUACAGUGACAGGAAGAUAUUCUGGAGAAUAGAAUGGAAUUUCCCUUUAUGCAGUUUUUCUUGUGCUGAUGAAAGAAUAGAUGAAGAAGAAUUAUUAGGUAAAUGUUUAGAUAAAUAUUUAUUGCCUGAGAAAGCGGACGGUAUGAGGGAUAAACUUCAAUAUUAUCAUUCAAUGGGUCAUAGUGGAGUUGUAGUAUUACUUAAGAAAGAAGACACUACAGCCAAUGAUAUCAAGUAUUACAUACUGAAGCAAAAUAAGAGUUUAAAAAAGAAUUUUAGACGGAAAAGAAUUGUAGAGUUUCCUACAUUACUUAUUGUGCCGAAGAUUCAUCUUUCAUAUUAUCCAACAGUUGAAGAAAAUGCUGAUGCUCCUGAAGGACUUGGUCAAUGAAUAACCAUGAUGUGUACAUAUUUAUUACAAAAUGUAAAUAAAUGCUUUUUUUAUUCAAAA